AUGGCUGGAAACAAACCAUCUAAACAGCGGAAGCUGGAUCCGGACUCUCCCGAAAUGAAGUACCUGAAGAACAGAGAUGCGUACGAGUUUUUUGGGGCCAAAUGGCUCCUAAAACCAUUGCCUGACAAGCCUUCAACAUAUCGCGCAUUGGUUUGGACGGUGACUCUGAUAGCAGCCGUUGUGAGAUUUCAAAACUUGCCCUAUCCUCGUGAGGUGGUCUUCGACGAAGUUCAUUUCGGCAAGUUUGCUUCAUACUACUUAGAGAGAACUUACUUUUUUGAUGUACACCCUCCGUUUGCCAAGAUGCUCAUCGCGUUUGUCGGGUGGCUAGUUGGUUACAACGGCGCCUUCAAAUUCGAGGAUAUUGGCAUGAGCUACGAUACAAACCCUGCGCCAUUUGUUGCGUACAGGUCUCUCAGCGCCAUUCUGGGAACACUCACGGUGCCAAUCGUAUUCAAUACCGUCAAGGAACUCAACUUUAGAGCAGUAACUUGUACCUUGGCAGCAAUGCUUGUUGCCGUGGACUGCGCACAGGUUAUUGAUUCGCGCUUGAUUCUCCUUGACGCAACUCUGAUCAUCGCAGUUGCUUGUUCUAUCUACUGCUAUGUUCGCUUCUACAAGACUCAACUGCAGACACCUUUCUCAUCUCAGUGGUAUCUUUGGUUGUAUGCUACUGGCAUUUCUUUGUCUUUUGUGAUGUCUACUAAAUACAUCGGUGUCAUGACAUAUUCGGCAAUUGGCGCUGCGGUUGUGGCUAACCUGUGGCAGUUGCUGGACUUCAAAGCAGGUGUUUCUAUUCGACUAUUUGCAAAACACUUUGUUCAGAGGCUUAAUGGUCUUAUUUUUGCCCCAUUUAUGGUGUAUUUGUUUUGGUUCUGGGUUCACUUCGCUAUUCUCACUAGAUCGGGUCCUGGCGACGAUUUCAUGUCUCCACAGUUCCAACAAACCCUUUCCGAUUCUCCUCUAGCCAAAGAGGCAAGGCAAGUUAAUUACUACGAUAUUGUCACGCUAAAGCAUAAGGGCACCGAGGCGCUUUUGCACUCACACCAAGAACGCUACCCAUUGCGUUACGAAGACGGCCGUAUCUCAUCAAACGGUCAGCAAGUUACAGGGUACCGUUAUGAAGACGUCAACAACCAAUGGGAAGUUCUCCCCACGAAAGAGCUACCUGGCAGGGAGGGGCAGCCUGUGCAUUUGGAUGACGUUGUUAGGUUCAAACACGUUGUUACCGGCACUUAUCUUUUAGCUCACGACGUCGCAUCCCCUUUGUAUCCCACAAACGAAGAAGUUACCACUGUUGAGGAGGAGGCUGCCAAUGGUAAUAACUAUCAUGAGACCUUGUUCUCCCUUCAAUCUGCCAACAAAGGAGAUACCAAAGACGUUUUAAAGACGAAACUCUCGGUGUUCAGAAUAGUUCAUACAGAUACUAAUGUUGCAUUGUGGACCCACAAUGACGUUUUGCUACCUGAAUGGGGCUUCAAACAACAGGAGGUUAACGGCAACAAGAAAGUCAUUGAUCCCGAAAAUUCGUGGUUUAUGGACACAAUCAUCAACAUAGAUGAUGCGCGUAAGGUUUAUGUCCCUAAACCAGUAGAAAAGCUCCCUUUUUUCGCAAAAUGGUCCGAGCUACAGAAAUUGAUGUUUGAACACAAUAACAAGCUGUCUUCCGAUCAUCCCUUUGCAUCCAACCCUGAGUCAUGGCCAGGUUCCCUUUCAGGUGUCUCUUUUUGGACUAAAGACCAGGAACGCAAGCAAAUUUAUUUCAUUGGAAAUAUCGUUGGAUGGUGGUUCCAAGUUAUCUCACUCGCACUAUUCUCUGGGCUCACCAUCGCAGACAUUAUUGCUAGAAGACGCGGUAUUUACCCGCUUAACAAGAUGGCGAGACAAAAGCUUCAUGCUCCUUUGUCCUUUUUGUUUAUUGCCUGGCUAUGUCACUACUUGCCAUUUUUCUUGAUGGGCAGACAAAAAUUUCUUCACCACUAUCUACCAGCACAUUUGAUCGCUUCAAUGUUUUCCGCCGCUUUAUGGGAGACAGUUUUCACUGAAAACAAAUCCUUGAAUAUGGAUAUUGACGAAGAAGACCCUGUGAAUCCUCAUGAUGCCAGCCCUAAAUUGAAAUUUAUCCCGCUAUGUCUCUUUUGCUCAGCGGUUAUUGUUGCACUGAUCUGGUGUUUUGCGUUUUUCUCUCCAAUUAUCUAUGGAAAUGAGAGCCUCACGGUGCCACAGGUGAAGAGCAGGGAAUGGCUGAAUAUCAAGUUACAUUUUUCCAAGUGA